CGGGGAGUAGGAAUCUAUUAGCCCCGUAAGUUAAGUAUAGUUUUGCUCGUUCGUGAGAAAGAGAGGUGCGGUAGGUGGAAGCGGUCUUUUCUUGUAGAAAAGUGUAGCUUCCAAGCAGAUAUUAUUGCAACAUAGAAAAUCAUGGUUAGAAAGCUAAAGUAUCAUGAGCAGAGAUUGCUCAAGAAGGUAGAUUUCAUAUCAUGGGAAGCAGACAACACACUGCACGAAGCCAAGAUCUUACGUAAGUUCCAGAUAAAGAAACGGGAUGACUACACAAAGUACAACAAGCUGGCUCGCCAGAUCCGAGAGAUCGCCCGCAAAAUACGGAACCUCGACCCAAAGGAUAAGUUCCGGGUGGAGGCCUCCGCACAGCUGAUCGAAAAGGCCUACCAGAUGGGCCUGAUCCCAACCAAGUGGAACCUGGAGCUGGUGGACAAGGUGACGGCGUCGUCUUUCUGCCGACGACGCCUGCCUGUGCUCAUGGUGCGCCUUAAGAUGGCGCCCACGGUCAAAAUGGCCACGCAGUUCGUGGAGCAGGGACACGUGCGCAUUGGUCCUGAGGUGGUCAAGGACCCGGCGUUCUUCGUCACGAGGAACAUGGAGGACUUCCUGACCUGGGUGGACGCGUCUGCCAUCCGAAAACACGUACAGGAGUACAACGAACUGCGGGACGAUUUUGAAUUGUAG